AUGAAUGUGUUGGUAUACAAUGGACCAGGUACAACUCCGGGAUCAGUGAAGCAUGCCGUAGAAUCAUUGAAAGAUUUUCUGGAACCAUUCUACGCUGUAAGUACGGUAUCUGCAAAAGCCUUACAAACUGAACCCUGGACUUCAAAGGCAUCAGCUGUCGUAUUUCCUGGUGGGGCUGAUCUUCCAUAUGUCAAAGAGUGCAAGCCUAUCAAAGCAAAAAUAAGUGACUUUGUUAGAAAACAAGGAGGCACAUUUAUUGGCUUUUGCGCAGGUGGCUACUUCGGUAGCGGUAGAGUUGAAUUUGCAAAAGGUAAUCUAGAAUUGGAGGUCACAGGUAAUAGAGAUUUGAAACUAUUCCCUGGUAUUGCCCGAGGACCAGCUUUUGAUGGUUUUCAAUAUAACAGCGAAGUUGGUGCAAGAGCUGCAAUGUUGAAAUUGCCUGAUGGCUCUGAAUUUGCGAGUUAUUAUAAUGGCGGAUCUCUUUUUGUAGAUGCAGAUAAGUUUGAUGGAGUGGAGGUACUAGCCCGAUAUUCAGAGACCACUGAUGUUCCCUAUUGGGAUACUUCAUCUAUAACAAAGGAUUCAGGGCCUGCAGCUGUGGUUCUGUGUUCCGCUGGUAAGGGUAGAGCUCUAUUAACAGGUCCACAUUUAGAAUUUAUUCCUCACAUUUUGGAAAAAAGCGAUAAUAAGUCAUUCUUGAAACAUGUUGUUACUGUUUUAAAGGCUGAUGAUAAGAGAAGACUGAAUUUUUUUAGAACAAUUUUAACAAAAGCUGGACUGAACUGUAAUAACGACUUUGCACGCGUUAGGGCUCCUAGUUUGACACCGUUGGUAGUAGCGGCUCCUCCUCAUAAGCGUUCAUUGUUAUAUGAGUUCGAGAAAAAUUUAUCCAGCAUUCAGGUUCCAUCUCAUGGCGAAGGUUACAUUGAACUUGAUGGAGGAAAAGAAAAAUUCAAAAUUUAUCAAGGUUUUGCAAAUAGCUAUUAUAUAGCGCAAGCGUCACUGCGUGAUCAAGAGCCUGAUGAAAUCGCAAAAUGUAUUAUUUUCCCCGAUGAUGAUGAAGGAACACCCCCUUCUGAUAAGGUUCCGAAUUACAAUAUUGCGAAAUACUUUCAUCAUUUGAAUAAAGACAACACAAUUGGUAGUCUAAUGUUAUACGGAGAAGUUGUUACUUCUACAAGCUCCUUAUUGAAUGAAAAUAGACAUUUAUUAUCAAGCAUUCCCGAGAGCUCUAUGCUUCAUGUCGGAACAAUUCAAGUGUCAGGACAUGGUAGAGGAGGAAAUACCUGGGUAAAUCCGAAAGGAGUUUCAGCCUCAACUGCUGUAAUUUCUUUACCGACUUUUUCUCCAAGAACACAUCAACGCAUCUCCGUCGUUUUCGUUCAAUAUUUAUCUAUGCUUGCGUAUUGUAAGGCUAUUACGAGUUACGGUCCAGGGUACAAUGACUUGCCCGUAAGAAUCAAAUGGCCUAACGACUUAUACGCUUUAGGUCCUCAGUACUAUCAAAAAAAGAAACUAUCGUUAGUUGGGCGAGAGUUGGAUCACACUAUUGUUCCCCUAACAGAUAUUGAACCGGCAUAUCUGAAAAUAGCUGGUCUCUUAGUGAAUACUCAUUUUAUUAAUGAUAAAUAUCUGUUGUUGCUGGGAUGCGGACUUAACAUAAGUCAUGAUGGACCAACUACCUCUUUGGACAGCUGGAUCGAUAUUCUCAAUAAGGAAAGGGAGGCCGCACACUUGGAAAUUCUGAAGCCUUAUGAGGUAGAAAAAUUGCACGCUCUUUACAUGAAUAAUCUGGAGGCACUAAUAAGGAAAUUCGUCGAUUUCGGACCAGCUUCGAUAUUGCCCGAAUAUUAUAAGCUAUGGCUACACAGUAAUCAAAUAGUGACCUUGACAGAUCACAACAACGUUCGUGCGAUGAUAACCGGAAUUACUGAAGACUAUGGUCUCUUAAUUGCAAGAGAGCUAAGGCCAGGAAGCGACUCUCAUUUUACAGGUUCCGUCUAUCAUCUUCAGCCAGAUGGUAAUACAUUUGAUAUCUUCAGGGGUCUAAUAUCCAAGAAAGCUCUAUGA